AAGGCAAAAAAAAAUUGAAAUAAACUAAAAGGAGGCAAAAGAAGCGUAACUUCCGCCACCUCACUCCCUCUUCCUUCUUCUCUAAUCCUCUUUUGCAUCCUUCGCCGCUGAACCGGCGUUUCAGUUUUCACACUCGGAAAAGUGAUUUUCCGACAAAGAUGAAGCGAAGAUGACUACAACAUCGACCAUUCACCUUUUACAGACGACACGGAAGCUAGUAGUUGAAGUCAUCGACGCUCGCGAUCUUCUCCCCAAAGACGGCCAAGGCAGCUCCAGCCCUUACGUCAUUGCAGAUUUUGAUGGGCAGAGGAAGCGGACUUCCACCAAAUUCAGAGAUCUGAAUCCAUUAUGGAACGAGAAGCUCGAGUUCAUCGUCACCGAUCCCAAGACUAUGGAUGCCGAAGAGUUAGAAAUCGAUGUCUUCAACGACAAGAAGAUGGGGAGCGGCGGUGGAAGCUCCCGCAAGAACCACUUCCUCGGUCGAGUGAAGCUCUAUGGGACUCAGUUCGUCAAGAGAGGGGAAGAAGGUCUAAUAUACUUUCCUUUGGAGAAGAAAAGCGUCUUCAGUUGGAUUAAAGGCGAAAUCGGGUUGAGAAUUUACUAUUACGAUGAGAUUGACGAACAGAAAACAGAGGGAGAACCACCGCAGGAGAAGGAGGCGGUAACCCAAGUAGUGGAAGCCAAGAGAUCGCCGGUGAUGAUGGUGCGGGAGGAGGAUAGGUACUCGCCUGAGAUUCCAAUGCCUUCGGAAACGGCUCAAGAAAUGGCAGAGCCACCGCCGAUCGUCAUAAUUGAAGAGUCGCCUCCCCCGGCAACCGUACAAGUUGAGCACCGCCACAACAUACCACCGAAUGAGUCUUUCCCGCCGGCAGGACCAACACAGACGGAACCAUCACAUUUCCCUCCGGAAGUACGAAAGAUGCAGACCUGUGGAGUAGGGAGUGGGGAGCGAGUUACCACCGAACGAGUUAGGGUUCUGAGGAGAUCAAAUGGGGAAUACGCACCGAGGGUGAUCACCGCCAAGUUCACCGGCGAAAAUGAGCGGAUUUCAGCUUACGAUCUGGUUGAGCCAAUGCAGUAUCUGUUUAUCCGAAUCGUGAAGGCUCGUGGCCUUUUAGCGAACGAAAGUCCUUACGUGAAGAUUCACACUGGUAGCUACAAUGUCAGAUCGAAACAUGCGACUCACAGGCCCGGCGAACCUUCUGGGAAUCCUGAGUGGCACCAGGUCUUCGCUCUUGGCUACAAUAGGCCGGAUACUGCGAGCGUCACGUUGGAGAUCGCUGUCUGGGACGGAGCGUCUGAAGCCUUUCUCGGUGGCGUUUGUUUCGAUUUAUCCGACGUUCCGGUGAGGGAUCCACCGGACAGUCCUUUGGCUCCGCAAUGGUACCGUCUAGAAGGUGGCGGCGAGGAUCAGCAUUCCGGCAGGGUCUCCGGCGACAUUCAGCUAUCGGUCUGGAUCGGCACUCAGGCCGACGACGCGUUCCCCGAGUCAUGGAGCUCGGACUCUCCGUACGUGAGCCACACUCGCUCGAAAGUAUACCAGUCGCCGAAGCUAUGGUACCUAAGGGUUACAGUCAUCGAAGCUCAAGACCUGCACUUCUCUUCACAACCUCCUCCCCCGGCAACAGUUCCAGAUGUACGGAUGAAAGCACAGUUAGGGUUUCAGUCCAUACGAACACGACGCGCCACCAGCAAUCACGGCUCAUCCUUCUUCUGGAACGAAGACUACGUCUUCGUUGCAAGCGAGCCCCUGGAAGACGAAUUGAUCAUACUAGUAGAGGACCGGACGAGCAAAGAGGCCGUGCUUCUCGGGCACGUCGUCGUGGCGUUGAAUUCCAUCGAACAGCGUGUAGACGAGCGUCCCGUGGCUUCCAAGUGGCUCGUGUUGGAAGGCGGCGGCGGAGGUGGAGGUGGUGGUGGUGGGUCCUAUUGCGGCAGGAUUAAUUUGCGGCUCUGCUUGGAAGGUGGUUAUCACGUGCUCGACGAAGCGGCGCACCUGAGUAGCGAUUUCCGUCCGACGGCGAAGCAACUGUGGAAGCCGCCAAUCGGAAUUUUAGAGCUGGGGAUUCUCGGGGCCCGUGGGUUGCUUCCGAUGAAGACAAAAAGUGGGGGCAAAGGCGCCACAGAUGCUUACUGUGUGGCCAAGUAUGGGAAAAAGUGGGUUCGGACCAGGACCGUCACUGACAGUUUCGAUCCCCGAUGGAAUGAACAGUACACGUGGCAGGUCUACGAUCCCUGCACGGUGCUGACAAUUGGAGUGUUUGACAACUGGCGUAUGUUCGCUGAUAUCACGGAAGAAAAGCCCGACCGCCGUAUCGGCAAGGUACGUAUACGCGUGUCGACGUUGGAGAGCAACAAGGUGUAUACCAACUCGUAUCCCUUACUGGUGCUUCUGAGAUCAGGAUUGAAGAAGAUGGGCGAGAUAGAGGUUGCGGUGAGGUUCGCUUGUCCUUCCUUACUGCCCGACACAUGUGCGAUUUAUGGGCAACCGUUGCUCCCUCGAAUGCACUACCUCCGCCCACUCGGGGUGGCUCAGCAGGAAGCACUGCGUGGGGCUGCCAUAAAGAUGGUGGCAGCGUGGCUUGGACGGUCCGAACCACCACUGGGUCAAGAGGUUGUAAAGUGCAUGCUCGAUGCGGAUUCACACACGUGGAGUAUGAGGAAAAGCAAGGCGAAUUGGUUCAGGAUCAUGGCGGUGCUUGGAUGGGCCGUAGGAUUGGCGAGAUGGCUGGAUGACAUCCGACGGUGGAGGAAUUCCGUCACUACAGUGUUAGUGCACGUGCUGUACUUGGUGCUGGUGUGGUUCCCAGAACUGAUAGUGCCGACGGGAUUCUUGUACGUGUUCCUUGUCGGGGUCUGGUAUUAUCGGUUCCGGCCAAAGAUUCCGGCCGGAAUGGAUAUUCGGCUCUCGCAGGCCGAAAUGGUUGACCCGGAUGAGCUGGACGAGGAGUUGGAUACGAUGCCGAGUACAAUGCCAGCAGAUAUUAUAAGAGCCCGAUAUGAUAGGCUAAGGACGUUGGCAGCAAGGAUACAGACGGUGUUGGGGGACUUCGCGACACAAGGGGAGAGAUUGCAGGCGUUGGUGAGUUGGCGGGACCCAAGGGCCACGCGACUGUUCAUUGGAGUGUGCUUGAUGGUGGCGGUGGUGUUGUACGUGGUCCCACACAAGAUGGUGGCAGUAGCUCUUGGUUUCUAUUUCUUAAGGCAUCCAAUGUUUAGAGAGCCGAUGCCGCCGGCGAGUUUAAACUUUUUCCGGCGCCUUCCAAGUUUGUCCGACCGAUUGAUUUAGGUUACAA